AUGGAUAGAAUUGAAAAAAUUUGUAAAGCUUUGGUGUCUGGUGGUGCCAUUUUAGCUGGCACGACUCUAUUAGUAGUGGGAGUUGUCCUUUCUCCUAUUACCUGUGGUAUGUCAAUAGUCGGUAUUGCGGCUGGAGUUGCUGCACUUUCCAUUGGUGUGGGUUCUAUAUUAGGAGGUGUUACAGGUGUAAUUUUAACUUCAAAAAUAAGUUAUAAAGAAACUAAAGAGGCCAUUCAACAAUUAGAAGAAUUAGAAAAAAUCAUUGGUACAAUGGUUAAAAUUGCAAAUUUGGGAGAAAAUAAAGAAAUUUCUACAAAACUUAUCCAAAACCUAACAAAUUUAAAGGAUAAACAAUUAGAUUUCAAUAAAAUAUUUUGUAAUAUUUGUCAUCAAAUGGUAAAUGAUCCUUUGAUUUUACCAUAUAAUGAUGCAAGUUUUAACUAUGAAAUUUAUUGUAAAGAAUGUAUUCAUGGACACUACAAAAAUAAUUGCACCAAUUCUUUUAAUGUUCCAUCUCCUUUUAAAAGAAUGUUUAACCUUCAAGAUUUAAUAGAGGUUUCUUAUGAAACAAAGAACAGAUUAGAACAAGCCAAAAAAGAUAUUGUAGAAAUCAAUAAAAAUCUAUUAGAUUUAGAUUCUUUUAGAAAUUAUAAAUUCAAACCUUUUUUAAAUAGAUUGGUACUCGAAAACUAUACAUUAAAUGAAAACGUAUCAUUAGAAAGCUUGCCAAUGAAUAUAGAGUCGUUACUCUUGGGGUCUUAUACAUUCAGAGUGAUUCCACAAUGGCUUAAAUCACUAGAUAUGGAAUAUCAAAGAAUCGAGACUUUAAUGCAAAUAUUUAAUUCAUCACCCGCCAUAAAGCUAGAAAGAUUAAGGCUCUACAAAAAUUGGGAAAUUAAUGAACAAGAAUUACCACCAAAUCUAUUACCUCCAUCACUAACAUGUCUAAAAUUGGAUCCCUAUGGAUAUCAGAUAAGAAAAGGUGUGCUGCCUCCAAAUUUAAAACAGCUGGAUAUAAAGUUUAUUGAGAGCCCAACUCUUUGUGACUGCUUUGAAACUGACUCACUACCCAAAUCACUAUUAAUGCUUAGAGUAUUCAAUAAACAAGUCACACUUAAUACAAGUAUCUUGCCAGAUAGUUUAGAAGAGCUUUUUUUCCCAUUCAACUGCGAUAUUCAGUUAACUAAUAAUUUCGAACAGAUCUCCUUCCCAAAUUCACUUUCAAAACUAACAUUGGCCAUCAAUCAAUUUAACGAUAUAAAGCUACCAGAUAAUUUAAAAGAAUUUAAUCUAUUUACAAAAUCAGAGUUAGACGAAAAUAUUAUAGAAUCGAUAGCACUUCCAUGUUCAUUACAAUUACUCAACAUUCAUUCAUCCACCAAGCAAUCCCAACUAACAAAAAAGAUCAUACCAAAUAAAGUUAAAUCAUUAAUGAUCCAAUGUAGCCAAAUUAUCGAUUCAUCUGGUUUAUCAAUUUUAUCAAACUCAAUUGAAAAGUUAGAAUUUCAGUAUACUAUUGCAGAUAUCGAAGACUGUUAUAAAGGUUUUAACCAAAGGAUCCUCCACUAUCAACUUCCGCUAUCGCUCACAUCAUUAUCAUUUUCAUCGAUUGGUCUAUAUAAUAAUGGUGGAUUUCCACUGGAUGAUAAUAUAUUUCCACAAACUUUAACCUAUAUUAAUUUUGGGUCAGAAUUUAAUCAGCCUCUGGGGAACUCGCUGCCAAAAUCAGGUAAUUUAAAGACUGUUAUUCUAAGCCAUCAGUUUAAUCAAAUAAUAGAGCCAGAAUCAAUACCCUCUAGUGUUGAAUUGCUACAGAUAAACAACUACCUCUAUGAACAUAGAAUUGAUUUCCCAAACAGAGACAAUCCAAAUAUAAUGGUCAAAGUGUAUGGUCUAGAUAUCUAUUUAAGUCAUUUUAGAUCAAAUCCGGGAAUUAUCAAAAAAAUACACAUUCCCUUCUCUGAUAACAAACUACAAGACUAUAAGCUACAAGAUUUUUAUAAUUUAGAAUAUUUAGAAAUUUAUUUUACAAAAAACCAACCACUAUUAGCACAGGAUCUCCCUAGAAAUAAUAAAAUUAAAACAUUAUCAAUAUAUGGAUUUGGCUUUAAAGAAGAAAUUAAUUUAGAAGAUUUUCAGCAAUUAGAAACAUUAAUUAUAAACAACUCUAGAACAAAAAUCAAAGCACCAACAUAUAACAAUCCAGAUGAAAUAGUUUAUAAUUUUUAUAAUUUAAAAUCAAUAAUUGUUUCAAAUUCAAAUACAGAUUUUUUAGAUUUUCUAAACGAAGUUUUUUAUCAAUUUAUUAAUUAA